AUGCUCAUCACGGUCGUUGCACAGCGCGCGCUCGAGAACCAGGAGCAGAGGAAGCUGCAGAAGAAGCUGGAUGACAUCCGGAUGCAGAUCGCCACCCUACAGGAUGCCCUGAGGGCGGAGACCGAGGCCGCAGCGAAGCAGAAGGCGGGCAACUCGUUCGCCGCCAAUCUGCAAAAGAACGUCAAGAAAAAACAAAUCGAGGAUCUAAAGAAGAAGGAGCAGGUGAUGAUCGCCCUUGCGGCGAAGGAGGCACUGAAGCAGCAGAAGCGGAGCGGUGCGUUCGACGCCAUGCUGCAGGAGAGCGAGCACGAUCGGCUGGUGCGCCUGGGCAGGAUCACGCCCUUCGACAAGAUCAGCCAGAAAGCCACACAACCUGCCACAGAGACGAACCGGCGGGUGGUGAUGCCCGCGGACAGUCGGCCGACAAGACGAGACCGCGCGCAGGCGCGUGAGAAGAAGAGGUGGGCGGGUCGCAAGGUCAACAAAACAUGGGAUGGCUAUGGGAGCGACGAGGAGAAUGGACGAAAGCGAAUGCGGCCAAGGAAGAACAAGCCAAGGCGACGCUUCACGAAGCGAAACCUCUCCAUGUACGCGGCACUCGAUGACGGAGAUGAAGAGGUGUAUCUCCAGCGGAUGCAACUGUGGAGCCGCAAGAAGCAGCAGCAGCUCGAGCGUAAGCGGCGUCUGGAGGCCGAAGCGAACGGGGAAGGCGAACUGCAGGCCGCGGAGGAAGACGAGGAAGAGGAGCGCCUCUCCGAGGAGAUCGAGACCGGCAACGUAACGAUCGACUCGUCCGAUUCGGAGGAGAAGGACAGCUUUGAGUCCAACAACGAACAGCCGGGCGUGGCAGUGCAGACCGAGGAAAACGAAGCGGAAGAGGAUCAACAAAGGAGCGAAUCAAAAAAGAACGAAGCGAAGGGCGAUCGUAAUGAAGCGAUGGAGGCGAGCGCAACGACCAGUACUGCGACAACCGGGGAAUGGAACUGUGCGUCGUGCACUUACAUCAACAGCAUGAAGUCGGCGGUGUGCACGAUGUGCGGACGGCGCAGGCCCAGGCUGCAGCCAACCAAAUCCGCUUUCGACACCGACGAGCUGGUCGACGUGGGCGGGAACGAGGAGGUUGAGAAGGACGACGAAUACCAACAGGACAAGGAAGCCGAGGAAGAGGAGAUGGACGUCGACAUCGAAACGGUUGAAGACGACAACGACCACGAGACCACGGCGCUCCGGGCCACAGGAAACAAGAAAAAGCGAGGUCGACCUGCUCAAACGAAAACGAAAGCGAACGAGAAAGCGAAGAGCGAAGUGAUGGACGAAGAUGAGGACUUCGAUGCCAAUGAGCUCAUCAUCGACCCGGAUGAGGGAGAGGAAGUGCUCUUUUCCGGGGGUUACCGGCUGCCGGCCCAGCUGUACGACAACCUCUUCGACUACCAGAAGACCGGCGUGCGAUGGAUGUGGGAGCUGCAUCGACAAAACGCUGGCGGAAUCAUCGGCGAUGAGAUGGGUUUGGGGAAGACGGUGCAGGUCAUGUCGUUCCUCGCUGGGCUCCAUCACAGCGAGAUGUUGAACGGACCCAUCCUCAUUGUCUGCCCGGCGACGGUCAUGCAGCAGUGGGUGCGCGAGUGCCACAAGUGGUGGCCGCCCUUCCGUGUGGCCGUCCUCCACGACACGGGGACGUAUUCGGGCUCGGCGUCCGACCUGAUCGAACGAAUCGCUACCGAUGGCCAUGUGCUGAUCACGACCUAUAGUGGCACGAGGCUCAAUCAAGAGGUCAUGUGCGAGGUAGACUGGGAGUACGCCGUUCUGGAUGAGGGCGACAAGAUCCGCAACCCCGAUGCCGACAUCACCCUCGCGUGCAAGCGGCUGCGGACGCACCACCGCUUGAUCCUGACCGGCUCGCCCAUUCAAAACAACCUGACCGAGCUGUGGUCGCUGUUCGACUUUGUCUUUCCUGGGAAGCUUGGGACGGAGUUCGCACUGCCCAUAUCGAUGGGUGGCUACAGUAACGCCACGAAGCUGCAGGUCCAGACGGCCUACAAGUGCGCCGUGGUGCUGCGUGAUCUGAUCAAGCCCUACCUCCUGCGAAGGAUGAAGGCCGACUUGACGGCGGAGCAGCGGAUGGACUACGAGGACUACCUGGGCUCGAAGGACGUGCAGGACAUACUGGGCAAGGAGCGGCGGGAUCGCAUGACGAACAAGGUGCUGGCCUGCAUCAUGAACCUCCGCAAGAUCUGCAACCACCCCGACCUCAUGCUGCCCUUCGAGAAGUGGCCGCAAGACUACGGCUAUUGGGGCAGAUCGGGCAAGCUGAAGGUGACGGAGCAGCUGCUGCAGAUGUGGAGAGAACAGGGCCAUCGCGUGCUCCUCUUCUCUCAAACGCGGCAGAUGCUCGACAUCGUCGAGCGGUUUGUCGUGGAAAAAGGUUAUGACUACUUGCGCAUGGACGGCACGACGUCAAUCGGGCGACGCAUGGGCUUGGUGGACGAGUUCAACAACAACCCGCGCCAUUUCCUCUUCCUCCUGACGACCCGCGUCGGCGGCCUGGGCGUCAACCUCAUCGGCGCCGACCGCGUCCUAAUCUACGACCCCGACUGGAAUCCGUCGACCGACAUGCAGGCCAGGGAGCGGGCGUGGCGUAUUGGGCAGAAGCGCGAGGUGACGGUGUACCGGCUCAUCACGGCCGGGGCAGUGGAAGAGAAGAUCUACCACCGCCAGAUAUUCAAGCAGUUCCUCUCCAACAAGAUUCUCAAGGAUCCCAAACAGCGCCGAUUCUUCAAGUCUUCGGAUUUGAGGGAUCUGUUCACGCUGGGCAAGGAGGGCAAGGCCGAGACGACGGAGCUGUUCGACGACAUUCGCGCCCAGAUGCAGAAGGCCGAGGAGGCCGAGCGGGCGAAGGAGCAGCUGGAGCUGGAGGAAAAGGAAAAGGAGAAGGAAAAGGGGAAGGAAAAGGCAGUGGACGACGAUGACGACGAUGACGAUGAGGCGAAGGCGCGGACAACGGGGCCGGACGAGGCCAAGUCCAAGAGCGAGAAGGACGACGCCUUCAUCCUCCGCAGCCUGUUUGACAACGCCAACGUGCAGGGCGCCGUGUGUCACGACUCCAUCGUUGAGAAGGCCGGCCACGAGCAGGUCAUCAUCGAGGAACAAGCGUCCAAGAUUGCGGCGAGAGCGGCGCAAGCGCUUCGUCGGUCGAGGAGGGUGUGCCAGAGCGACGACGUCAACGUGCCCACGUGGACGGGACGAUCGGGUGCGGCGGGCAUGCCCCAGCAGCUCAAGCAAAAGCGUUUCGGCGCGCAGCUCAACUCCAAGCUCCUCCAGGCCAGCGAAACCGAGGGCGCCAUCAGAAACUUUGGCAAGAAGCAGUCGCCGUUUUCCGCACGAUCUAUUCCUCCAUCGUCGACGUCGUCGGCAUCGUCAGCUGUGCCGCUGGCAGGUCUGGUGGCGGGCACCAGCAUGGCACCGUUGGUCGGAUCGGACGAGGAGUCCCUGGGCGGCAGUUUCUCUUCGCAACCGCCCUCGUCGGCGCUGCUCAUUCAGCGGAUGCGGCAACGCGCCAACCUGCUCGACCAGACCACCUCCACCACUACUACGACCAACUCCGACGGCAGCGAGGCCGGCGGCGAAGACGAGCCCACCAUGGAGAAGGAAGAGGCGGUCGAGGUGUUGCGCGGAGGUAAGGAGGCGCUCAUCCUCGCCAUCCUCACCUAUCUGCGGACCCGACCAGGCAACACGGCCUCGUCGCCGGAGCUCGUGAGCCACUUCAAGCCGCGCCUGGCGCCCGAUGACGCCCUGCUCUUCCGCAGCAUGCUCAAGCAGAUCGCCACCUUCGACAAGAACCGGAAGACGUGGACCCUCAAGAGCGAGUUUGUCGAACAGGAGUAA